AUGGCUACCAAGCCAGACGCGCCCAAGGCCAGCAACGAGCGAAAUACAGCCGUAGACUUCGCCGUUGCCUGUCUCGCCACUCCGAAUGCGCCCGGCGAGGGAACACAGCCCUCUCAAUUUACUCCGAGCGAACUUUACGAGCUCGACGUCCUGGGAUACCACACUCGUAUGCGAUCACUCAAUCACCACCGAAGAAUACAAUACGGUCUGCCCAUACCGAUUUCACCGACGCUGCCACGGAUAGUCGUCGCGGAGUUCGUCAAGCAAGAGAAAAUGGCGAGAGAGAAGCGAAUGGUGCCGACAGACCAUAGCGCCAUCGUGAAUAAUGAAGCGGAGGAGCUGAACAAGUCCACGGUGGAGGAGCUAAUAGAGAAUGCGGCGGAUGAUAGAACAGAAGGACGAGGAGUCGCAGAUGGUGGCAUAUUGGUGAAAGUCAACAAGGACUGGCAUGAUGAGACCACACGGGUCAACAUGGCAGGUAUCCAGAAGACUCUGCGGAGACCAGAAUACAAACCGCCUGUGGGAGCGAAGUGGCUGAGUUAUAUGAAGAUGGGGAAGACGGCAUCUAGGCAUACUGAUACUUUGAAGGAGUUCUUGGUGGGAUCUGUCCGCGAGGACUACAUUCUUCCUCCUGGAGUUCCUAUGUCUGGCGUAGAGAUCCUGGCAUUCUACCCUCACCACCUUCGCUGGCCAGCAGUAGCCAUGCGACUCAUCAACAACUCCCACACAGGAGCUUCCCUUUCCGGCAUCAUCUCGUGGCUCCACGGCCAGAAAGAAACCACAACAAGCCGACAAAUCGUCAAAGACACCGUCCGCAACGCUGGCCGCCAGUCCACGGGAAACAUGGCAUGGACAGAGACCCGCCAUAAGCCUACCCCUAGUACUAAUAUUUCUCCUGAUGUCCUCGUUCCGCUCCCCCGAAUCGCCGCGCGCGGCCUGCAGGUCCCAACCUACGCGCAACUGGUGGCAAGCGUAACACAUCUCCCACAUGGCCUCCACGCGCGCGCCCUGACAACAUGCAUCGAGUUUUGGCUUCAACACAAGGACUUGGACUUGAAUGUGUUGCACACGGCGGAGCUAUAUCGGGCAUUGCAGCCACACCUGAGGAGUGCAGGACCAAUGAACCUGGAUGCGGUGGCGCUGUCACAGUGGGACAGUAGCGAGAAUGUUGAUGGCCCUGGGAAGCGGUUGACCGAGAACCCGCUCGAGGAGUACGAGAGAGGCAGGGGAUUGGUAGGAGAGAGACAAGAUGCUAGCCUGACCUUCCAUGUCUCGGAAGUCUUGCUGGCUCCGCUGUUUGCGUGGCAGAGGGUGCGAGUGGCUGGAUUGAGCGAGAUCGUGAAGCAAAAGGAGAGCAUCGAACAGCCUGCGAAGGCAACAAAUGGCGUACAUGCGCCGUCAGGCCUAAAAGGUGGGAAGAAAUUGCCGGGUCCUAGGGCGAAGACUGUUAAGAGGAAGGUUACCGAGGUCGACGAAGAGAACGACACGGAGCUAGCGACAAGGCAGCGGAAGAAAGCCAAGAAAUGA